AUGGUCUCCGCCGCCAACAGCUCCGAGGGCGCACCGCGCGCCUCGACAUCCCAGCGCGAGCCACAGCGCGGCCUCGAGGCCUUAUCCAACUUCUACGGCCGCUUCUCUACCGACAACGGAUCCCUCCGUUCAAAGGUGAAGGAUACCUCCGUUUCCAGCUAUGCCGACAGCGUCCGCAGGUCAUCCUCCGGGGCUGGGACCGAAUUCUACUCGAACGCUCACAGCCUCAACGGUGCAGACGAACAGCCGUCCUCAAACCCGGACGCCGCUCCGCCCACUCCCAAAUCGCCUCGUGUCUAUACCUCCUUCUCGGCAGCAGCUGCAGCCGCCUCUCGCUCCUCUCUCAACAAAAGAAAUUCGCAGGCAAGUAUCCCAGCCACCGCGGCUGCAUCUCCUUCCAUCCGCAACUCGCCCGCCCACUCGUCUCCUCGUGGAAACUCUUCCGCCUCCGCAGAUGCAACUGGCUCCAACGAUGCCGGCCGUGCCGCUUCAGGUCUGAUGUCCUCACCGCCGCUCAACAAGGGCGCCUCCUUCGAUAUCGCCGCCAUCAAUCAGUACUCUCCAGGCUCACUCGCCAAAACAUUCCCAUGGCUCUCAGGCACCUCAGAUACCACGCCGAAGCGCGAUGUCGUAGCGUCGCCCGCCCUCACCAAGCCAGUUCCUGCCAAAGCAAAGACGGAUUCGCCGCCUGUCGAGCAAUAUAGCAGAGGCAAGGGCUUCGGCUGGAAUCCCAACAAGGUCCACACAACUCCAAAGUCCAGUUCAAAGCCGCGGCUUGGGCCCAGCACCUCGUACGCCGAUCUUCAGAAUCGCGGCUUGGGCAUCAAAUCUUCUUCGGAGCUCGACCUGCCUGAGCGCAUGCGCAGCCAGCGUAAGGGUGCCAUCGCCCCGCCACGCCUUUCCCAAGAUCCCAUGGCAUUCAGCAUCGAAGAGGAGCUCCAACCUCGCACCAGCUUUUCCAAGGGUGAUUCAGCAUUCUCACGGCUGGGCCGCGCUUUCCGCCGAAAGAGCAAGACGGGUAGCGACAUGAAAGCCGACUUUGCCACAAAACCUCCCGUCGUACCACCGCUGCCAAAGACGCCGCACGCCGCAUCCAAACACACCUCUCCCUCCAAGCCCUCAGAUCCUUUCGCCGCCAAAGCACUCAAGGCAAGCAGCGGCUUUCCCGAUCGCAGGCCAUCACAAAUCAGCAACAACGACACGAGCUUGCAGCAGCACGAAGCAGCCCCAGCAGGCGUCUCAGCGACAGACAAGGGGCAACCAGAAAGCGAUAUUGUGGACGGCGACGCGAUCGCAAGAGCAGAUGCGAGUGAAAGCGCUCCAGAAAGGCCUGUGGCCGGCGACGAGGAUCAAACGACUGAGGCGGCUGCGGGGACGUCGCCCGUCGGACAGCAAAGCACUGCGCGGGUUCCGCAGACCGACAACGAAGACACUGCGCACAUCGAUACGGACAAACUGCCUGGAGAAUCGCUCGCAAUCUCGACGACGUCCCAACAACCUCAAACCCCAUCGAACCGACCCAUGUCGAUAGACUCGAUGUCAUCCAGUGCGAACCGAAGCUCGCUAGCUUUCCUAGCCCCAGCCAUAUCCAUGGGCGCCAUCGCGUCAGCGAUAGAAGGCGCAGAAGGCGCUCCCAGCGAUGCCUUGCAAAGAGAGCAACGGCCAAGCCAAUCUCAGCAGAGCCCAACUCGAGACGAUGCAGCACAGCAGGUCGAUAACGACGCAGCGGCACCAUCGUCUUCCUCAGCCACCGCCACUGCAGCAAAUCCGAACCGCAGGCGCCUCGAGCCAAAGUCAGCAACCCGCGACGACCACGUGCCCGGAAUCCUCAGCGACUUUCUCAGCAUGGACGCGGCGCUCUCGGCAAAGGAGAGCAAGAACUCAAAGGGACCUGCGCCAUCUCAGUCCGCCAAACACGCAACAUCGGCGACCGAUGCCAGCGCGGACGCCCCUAUGGAACGCUCCUUAAGCGGAACAUCGGAGGGGCGCAGAUCGUCGGUGAGCUCGUCAUACAGGGCACCGCGCGCCACCAAAGGAGUCUUUAUGGCUCCAGCUGCCGGUCCGACAGGUAUGGCUGGCUUUGUGUCGCCUUUCUACGUUGCCCCGCUCAUGUCCACAGAUGCAGGCGUUUCCGUGCGCCGGCCUUCGGGCGGCCGACGGGCCAGCGCCACCAGCGACGACUCCAAGAGUGUAAGUAGUGGACCACGACGCGGCUCCAUUCCCUUCGCUGUUUCUGAAAUCGCGACGCAGGAAGAAGUGCCGUCCCUCGGUGAUGCAGCUCCUGACAAGGACGACCGUCCCGAACAACUUCGAGAGCUCAGCGACGCCGAGAAGGCCAGGAAGGUGAAGUCGUUCGGCAACCUCCGAGCUUCGAGCAGAGAACGGGAUGCAGAAGCCUUGCCGCGUGCCAGCACCUCGAGGCUACCCUCGCCCUCCGUGGUGCUCAAUCCAGCUGAAGAACAGCAUUCCCAUUCGAGACCUUCCGACGUCGACGUAUCGACCAAAGGUCUGCCCGGCCGUGCGUCAGAAGAAUCUCCUACACGUUCCAGAAGUGUCGCUCAACGACUCUUCCGACGCCCAAAGACCAGUGGAGCCGAAGCAGGCAUGUUUGGCGAGCGCUCCACAUUGUCGCCUGCCAGCGCGGAAGAUCCUCUCGGACGGCGAAGAGGGUCAGGUCCGGGACGUGUCUCUCUCGACGAGUCCGGCCGCAGUUCCAAGCCCUACUCCGCUUCGCCUACCGAGACCAACCUUGACCCGCUCGCAGCGCGCAGCUCAUCGGCAACGCCGCGCAAAUCGCACGACAGACCGGAGCGACGGCCGGCCAACGGUUCCAACACGCUUGAGCCCGGAAUUGGUGCUGGCCUCGGUCGCAGGCCGAGCGAGCAGAGCAUAGGUGCCGUCACGCCUUCUUCGUCUCGGCUCGAGUCGCAAGGCGGUGCUGCUGGUUUGUUUGGCAGCCCGCAAACGCGGCCACGCACUUCGUCACUGCUCCCUUCCUUCGGCUUCAGCAGAAGUCGCACGGGUUCUUCCGCAGGUAUUGAAGGAUCCGGAAAGAGUCCCGGCACUUUCGGAAGCAGCACACGCUCCACAUCUGGCGGCUUUCGACGGGACACAAGCGAGUCUCUGGAUCCUUCUGCCUCGAACUCGCAGCUUGUCGAUCCCAACGGCGCUUCCAAAUCGCCCCGUGUGUCUUCGAGCUCGCGGCCGUCUUUCAGCAGGCAACCCUCCACCGUUACCGGCUUGUCCGAGGCGGAUGCCAAGCAACUGUCCGUCAAACCCGAGAAGAAGUUUUCAAUGUCUGCGUUCCUGCCCUACGACGACGAAGAUGCGCCCGAGUACGCCGAGCGGAUCGCCUCGACGGCGCCUAAAGCGCAGAUCGCCGCCAUCCUGGCUUCGAGCGCCGACGUCUUCUACGGGGAAGCCCUUCAUCACUUUAUGACGCGCUUCUGGUUCAACAGUCUUCCGCUCGACAUUGCUCUGCGAAAGCUGCUCAUGGACCUGCACUUGCCCAAGGAAACGCAGCAGAUCGACCGUGUGAUGGAGGCGUUCGCCAAGAGGUACAACGAGUGCAACGGCGGGCUCUUUGCUUCCGACGACCAGCCCUACAUUCUGUCCUUCUCGUUGAUGAUGCUGCACACGGACGCAUUCAACAAGAACGCAAAGAACAAGAUGACCAAGGUCGACUAUCUGAGGAACACGGGCGCCAGCGGAGUGCCCACCGAGAUUCUCGAGUAUCUGUACGACAAUCUCACAUUUACGCAGUUCAUCUACAUCGAGGACGAAGAAGGUGGCAAGCGCCGUCCGUCGGAAGCUUCGGCCCUGUCGCUGUCCGCAACGAGCGUGCCCUCGUCUCUUGGGCAGCAGUCCACCGCGGCGGCGAACAAUCGCGCCAGGAUCGAUCCUUACUUCCUCAUCACGCAAGGCCGUCUGGGCGAGCUACGACCGGACCUGGAAGAUGCCAUUCCCGAGGACUCUCCCUUUUCCUUUACAGGUUCACUGUCGACGUUCGACGUCGAUCGACUCAACUCGGCAUUCCUUCACGCACCAAGUAUCGAGAUCGUCACGACCAAAACGCCGAGCGAACAGCCCGGCGCAGCGACGCCAAGCUCACUCGAGGGCGAGGAGGAAGUGGUGUCGCUCAAGGUCACCAAGGUGGGUGUGGUCAAUCGCAAAGACGACGUCUCGGAUGGAGGCAAGAAGGCAGCCUCUCGCAAGUGGAAGACGAGCGGUCUUUUGCUCACGGGAUCGCAGCUGUUGUUGUUCAAGGACGUCAUCUGGAUCAACGCCUUGCAGUCUCAGAUACUCGACCAGGUCGGGCACUCGCUCUUGUGCAACGGCAUCCCGACCGAAGACGACGCCGACAACGACGUCGUAGAGGGAGGCGUCGUCAUCACACCCAGGAUCACGUACUUCAAGCCGGAUGGCGUGAUCUCGCUCGCGGAUGCUGUGGCCGUCAAGGACCAUUCGUACGCCAAGUACGAUUUCGUCUUCCGCUUGGUCGCAGCCAAGGGUCGGCAAUACCUGGUGCAGGCUCAGAGCGAGGACGACAUGAACGAUUGGAUCCACAAGAUCAACUUUUGCGCCAGCUUUCGCAAGUGCAACAUCAAGAUCCGCGGUCUCGACCUCGCGCCUCGUCUCGGGAUGGGCUCAUCGUCGCUCCAUGUGGAUUCGCUCGAGGAGCGCUACGGCCGUCCGAACCUUUCGAGACGUUCGUUCGAUCACACGUCUCGAAGGCCGGAUGCGAACGAGAGCGGAAGAACUACGCCCGUGGCCGACGAGAGUGGCGAAUUUUCGAGGGAUGAUCCGCUGCGGUUGAGCAUGGAUCCUGCGUCCAGGCCGAGCGAAGGCGAUGCACCUGUCAGGCCUCGUUCGUCGGCUUCUCACCGGCUCAGCCCUGCGUCUUCAGCGAUCCAGAAGCGCGCCAGAGCGCGUCGCGAGAUGAUGCUGACCAAGAUCGCCGAGACCGAGGUGCAGCUGGAACGAGCGACGAGCCGGCUGGCGGACGAGAUCCGACUCGCUCGACACUUUGCCAUCCUGACGCCGUUCCUCAAAUCGACGCGCGAUCGGAUCGAGAUGUCGGCGCUGCCACUGGCGACACGCAUCCGGGCGCUUCGGCUGGAUGUGGCCAAGGCUCAGUCGCGAUGCAACAUCCUACGUCUGGAUCUGGCUGCGGGCGAACGCGUGGCGAGAGCGCUGCUUCCGAGUACGUACAUGUCAUCGUCUGCGAUGCGUGCUGCGAAUCGCAUGCCAUCUGCCACAAUGGCGACGCCGCAGCUGAUGGAGCUUGGGCAGGUCUCGGAAUCGCAGUCGCAGUUCGAGGAGCUUUUCGCGCCGGUGGCAUCUGGCAGCAACGGAUACGAAGCACCGUCAGUGCCAGCCUCGUUGUCCGGUACGGUGAACAAGCCAGCAUCGCACCAGAGGAACCAGAUGAAUCUCAACGCUGUAUCGGAGCAGCCGGCGGAUGAAUCGCCGGUGAUGGCGAGUGCGCGGCAGAUGGGCGGUGCUGAAGAUGGAGAGACGAGCAAAUCUAGGUUGAUGUCGCGGAAGAGCGACGAGGUGCCCGAGGACUGGGAGCUCAGUCAAGUGGGACGUUCAGGAAAGAACCGCAUCAGCUUAGUGGACCUCCCCUCGCCGAACGAGCUCGAGGAGGCGACGGGCGGGCGAUUCAAGUUUGGUGCUAGAACGGCCGAGUGA